UAAAAUGGGUGAAAUUGCCAUAAAACGGAUUGCCAUAUACAAUAGUGAAAAACGCCAUUACUGCAACGAAAGAUUUCGGCCAAUGUCCAAUCUUAACUAAUCGUAUUUUUAUAACAGGAAUGGAAAAGAGAAACAAACAGAUGGAAAACAACAAUGCACUACAACUGGCUGGUUUCUUAACGCUCAAACAGAAAAUUAUUGGAACUGAUAAACUCAUUCGAGAAUACCAGGCCUCCCAAAUUGAACGGGAAAUACUCACUAGGAAAAAUGAAGAGCUUGUUCACCUAAUAGAUAAGCUUCAACGGGAUUUGAGUAUGUGUAAUCAGGAGUAUUCACAGCUUUGUGCCAAUACUGAGCUUUUAAAAAAGGGAAGUUCUGAAUAUGAAGUCGAAGUCAAACAACUGUGUGAUUAAGCUCAAAAAUGGAAGUGUCAAGCAGAAGCAACACAAAAUUUUACCUCCCAGCUUGUUGAAAAAGUCAAAAUUCUGGAGAAGUAUGAAGAGGAGGCAAAGUAAAGUGCCACGGUAUCCAGAGAUCAUGAAAAAAUAGAAGGCAAACUACAAGUCUUAAAAGGUAAUUUCUCUUCCGUUAUGAGGGCUCAAGCGAUGGCACAACUUAUCGAACCCAUCGUCCCGCUGGGUAGGGAGAACAGGCCCGGUUUUCCGCCCAUCAAAUCAAAUGAAAGACAGCGAGAUAGUGAUUCAAUGUUCAACCAAAAUCGACUCGCGUUAGGCUUAGGGAGAGGAGCUAAAAUUUUUCAGCCUACAAUUGCGCCGUGCCCCGAUGCCCUCUUGUCUGCAACAAUCAAGUCCAAAGCUGUGGAUAGGGUAGUUGCCCCAUCAAAGCACAUUUUUAAAGAACCUCAUGUUCCCAGCGAGUCUGCUCCUACGAACGCUAUACUCACAGGCAACUAUCCAGCUCAAGAGAAAAUUCCUAUCAGAAAAAGAGUCUCUCACGCCUUCAAAAGGGGGAUGGAAUCCGAUCCUGUCGUCGCCACAGUUUCGUCAUCUUCCAAACGAGGACGAAUUCUACACGAAGGGCUACCAACAAUUUCAUCACGAACUACUCCAUCGGCUGCCACCGAAACCCAAUUUGAAGAAAAUUCUGCUGACGCAAGAACAAGGCAAAAGACCAAAAGUAUCAUAGCAAUUAAGCCGCAAGAAAUAGUGAAAUUGGGUGUAAAAACUCGAAUGCCAUCGGAGAAUGAGGAAUUACAGCAAAAAAUAAUACAACCAAAACAUUUUAGGCACAGUAAAGAAACAGUAAUAAAGGGACCUACUAGUGAAACUGACACCGACGCAGAAAACGGGCUACCGAUGGAGGUACACGCGAGUGGGCCUAGUCAAACCUUUUUCCCAGAAAGGGAGAUGACAAUUACAAUUCCAAGUGUUGCGGAAAACUCUGGAGUGAUGAUCGUAGAAGGAAGAUCCCUGUCGCCUGUCGCUGAAAAAAGUCCUCGGUCAUCUGACGCUGAAGGAAGUCAUGUACCACCUGAAGUAGAAGAAAGGCACCGGCCGCCUGACCCAGAGGAAAGUCCUCGGUCGCCUGAUGUAGAAGAAAGUCACCGCUCGCCUGAUGUAGAAGAAAGUCCCCAUUCACCUGAUGUAGAAGAAAGUCCCCAUUCACCUGAUGUAGAAGAAAGUCCCAACUCGCCUGAUGUAGAAGAAAGUCCCAACUCGCCUGAUGUAGAAGAAAGUCCCAACUCGCCUGAUGUAGAAGUAAACCAGAAAACAAGCGUUGUUGAAGAUGGUUCCAAAUCUCUAGAAGAUCAGCCAUUGCAAUCGUUCGACAAAGAUGGAAGAUUGAUUGGAAUCGAUUGUGGAAAUUCCUCUGGCUAGUUCUGCUGAGCUCGAAGAACACCAAUCAACUGCUUUUGAACUUGUUUUCAAAGAACUGCUCCAAGAAAAUCCUGCGGUCAACCAAAAAUCCGGCAAAUUGAAAAAAGAUAUCAAUCUGUGUGUCAACAGGGUUUUUAAGAAUCCUGAUGUUACUGAAGAAUCGUGGAAUAGUCUAAUCGACAGGGCCAUGCGGCUCGAUUCGAAAAGUCAUCCUUCCAUUUUGAUUCGGAAGCUAGUAGCGACGGUUAUAAAAGAUUGGGACAGCCCAGUCGAUUUAUCCAAAAAUCCAAGAACACCGCCUGCUCCGCCGAUGGCAGCUGUACACCAGCGAUGUGUUAUGAUACUUAAAGAAUUGGAUGAAGCGAAUUCAAAGUUGACUGUAGAGCCAAGUGAAAACCUCCACAUGUAUAGCAACUUGUUUCUUAGCGAAUGCAGUGCCGUUAUGUUUCAGCAAGAUUCUAGUCUGACGUUGGAAGAAAUGUGUUCUGUAGCACGCGGUUAUACGGCUGUCUGUCGAUCUCGAAGCACUUUAGCUAGAGCUAGAACAUUUUUAUUUGAUUGCAUUUAUUUCCUGCCACCGCGUUCGUAUGCUUUGACGUACACCGUCUUGUCCGUCUGGGCAGAUGUUCUUCGUCAUAUCUCAUUUCCGUUGGGUCCUUCUUGUAUUGAUCAAACCAUUGCUUACCUUCUGCUACACAACUGUAAAGUAAAAGCUGUUCCAGGAAUUGCCGGUAAGGUGUUGCAAGCGCGUUCAUUCCUGCAAAACACUUACGGUUACAAAACCGUGACUUCUAGGACCAUUGAUGAUUUGACAAGCUACCUCAUAACGCUUCAAAGAGACCAACUCUACAGACGAAGCGUCGAGUUUGAGUUGGAGUUUUGCAUUGCUUACCCGGUGGGAGGGAAUUGAUUUUACUAUUCAAUUAAUCGAAAAGCAACUCUGGCCUUUUCUUCAACGCUGGAGUUCUGGGGAGGGCACGAAUUCUGGUGCUGCCGCAGUAAUCGUUGCCAUAGGUAUACUAGGAAAAACGGUACCCUCUAGCAAACGGGCCGGAGUUCAAAGGAUUCUCAAUGCAAUGAAAGUUCUACUUCAAUCCGAUGAUGUCCUUCCUUCUAUUCACGAGGCCGCCAUUGAAGCUGUUGUUCUCAUUGGCGAAGAAGAAGAUCCUAAGUCGGUAAUCGAAAUCAUGAAAGCAUGGAAACUUGUGAAUACCAACUUAAGCCAAUAUUUACGACAGGUGCUUAAGGCCUUUUUGAGACGUCAUUCAAAUCUCUGUGUUACCUUGUCAUUUGAAGGGUAAAUGACUAACUUGGAAACAGAGUUAGAAGCAACCAAACCAAUUCAUCGGUUACGGUUAUACAACAGUUCCUGGUCGUACUCAACACCGUAGAUAAUGUGUUGGCUCGUGAUUUAAUGUUUCCGUCCCACAUUGAAUGCUCUUAUGUAAUUCUUGAUGCUCAUUUCACAGAAAUGUAUCUGGUAAAAUUAUCAAUUAAAUCAGUUUUCCUGCUUAAUGUGUAACCAUUUUUAAGCACUGGCAUUUCAUGCUACUUUACCCAUGUAACGGUGUGAUUCUCAUGAAGGUCCAGAGCAGAAGCUUGAAACAGACCGGCCAGUCCUAUUGUGUCAAAUGAUGAUCCCGUGCGAAAGAGACACAUUUGAAAGUGAAGCUCAUGUACGUGAACAAGAUGAAAAAUACGUUUUAAUUUUUUUCAAAAAGUGGGAAAGAUAUAGCCUUUCCAUUUUUUCAUUCUUCGUAAAAAUCUAUAUCUAGGAAAGUUACAAAAUAUUGACUCGUAUUCAAAAGGCUAUGACGACGGACGAUUUUGUUUUGACGUAGGAUUU